AUGGACUGGAACGGCACAACGGCCAGUACCGUUGAUCUGCUAGUGUCCGCCGGCACCGUUGCCCUAUCGACGUUGGCUCCGGGUACAGCCGUACCGCCAGAUCUUGUCUCCUCCUCCUCCUCGUCCUCCUCAUCCGGCACCGCUGCAGGGACCGAUAGUACCAGCAUGACAGUGUCCGCGAGUGAUAUUACGAUAGCGGCAUCCGCUGCCCACUAUCACGGUGGCAUACCGUUUCCUUCCGAGCUGCUAACCUUCCUGCGGCAAACCACCACAAUCGCUUCUUCGUCCGCGUCCGCCCCAUCGAUGCCUUCGCUCGGUGUUACGAACUUUUCCACCUUUCUCAGCAACAUCACACUCCGCGCACUGACAGCAUCGGGUGGUGGUGGUGGCGGCGUUGGUAUCGGUAGCGGUCCCGGUGGUACAAGUUCGGCCGAGUUUACCGCAAAUCUGUCCCGCCGCUUUCCACACCAUCCGUUCUUUAGUACCUUUUUCAAUGAUUCCGCCCUGGACAUAUGUCCCUCGAUCCAGAUGCCGGUGGGGAAUGUGAUUUCGAUGAUACUGUACGCGCUGGUUGCGAUUGUCGGGCUGUUUGGCAACACGCUCGUUAUCUACGUUGUGUUGCGCUUCUCGAAAAUGCAGACGGUUACGAACAUGUACAUCCUGAAUCUGGCCAUUGCGGAUCAGUGCUUCCUGAUCGGCAUACCGUUCCUGAUCACGACGAUGCAUCUGGGCGAGUGGACGUUCGGGAAUGCGAUGUGCAAGGCGUACAUGGUGUCGACCUCGAUCACCCAAUUUACGUCGUCCAUCUUUCUGUUCAUCAUGUCCGCGGAUCGGUACAUUGCGGUGUGCCAUCCCAUCUCGUCACCGCGCUUCCGGACACCGCUCGUGUCGAAGGUGGUGUCGGCGAUCGCGUGGACCGCCUCGGCCCUUAUAAUGCUCCCGGUAAUGCUGUACGCUAACACGAUCGAUCGCGAGAAGGGCAAGAUGUCGUGCAAUAUUAUGUGGCCAUCGGAAACCGGUGCCAACUCUGGCUCUACCUUCACACUGUACUCGCUCAUACUUGGUUUCGCGAUACCGCUUACGCUGAUCCUGAUGUUUUACUAUCUCGUCAUUCGGAAGCUGCGCACGGUUGGACCGAAAUCGAAAUCGAAAGAGAAGAAACGAUCCCACCGGAAGGUGACGAAGCUUGUGCUGACCGUUAUCACCGUGUACGUGCUGUGCUGGUUACCGUACUGGAUUUCACAAGUAGCUCUCAUCAACUCGCCGCCGGACAUUUGCAAAUCGCGGCUAGAGAUCACGGUGUUUGUGCUGGUCAGCUGGCUCGGCUACAGCAACUCCGCCAUGAACCCUAUACUGUACGCCUUUCUGAGUGAUAACUUUAAGAAAAGCUUCCUUAAAGCGUGUACGUGUGCCAAGGGCAAGGAAAUUAACGCACAGCUGCAGAUUGAAAACAGCUUCUUUCCCCGGUUCGUUCGCAACCGUGGCUCCGAGCGGGGUAACUCCACCAAGGUCCUGCAGUCGAACAAUCGGCCCAACAACCGGGCCGGUGUACCAGCAGACGCCCAGGGCAAUCCGCAGCAUCAACAGCAGCAGCAGCAGCAGCAACAGCAGCAACAGCAUCAGCAGCCGCACCAACACCAUCAAUCGAACGACGCGCUAGCAAACAAUGGCAACGUUUGCAAUGGGAACAAUAACAGCUCGCAGGCAGGUACGGCUAAUGGGAAAAGUGCCGGUUACCAGAACGGUGGCAUGAGCUCGGAUCAAAGCUCCAUCGUCCGUGGCUGCGGUCCAUCAACGAGCGUAACAACGAUCCAGUCGUCGUCCGCCCGCCCAUCGGUUGCCGAUCAGCCACCGUCCACCCUAGCACCGAUAGUGCCAAUUUCGAGCCGUGCGCUGGACACCGGGAACGAUGGUUCACCGGCGGCCGGUUACGGUCGGCCACCGGUACUCCACACGGACCUGUAA